CAAUUGCAUGUUGCUUCGACAUGCUCUCUCAAGUUGACUGCAUUCAACUCUUAGCUUGAAACCAAUUUGUUUCACUCCUCUUCACUCUCUGAAACCGGUAACUCCAUCAAACAAAGGGGUUUCAAAUACAGUAAACUUUUUGUCAUCUUCCAUUUUUGCCUCAUUAUCGAACUUACUAUGGCGGAUACCGCAGUUGACACGACCACCGCUGAGGUUACACCUAAGGAUCUGAAGGAGAAGAAAGAAGUCACAGAAGAGGCAGAGAAGGUGGAGCAGGAGAACGGCAGUGGAGACGCACCUGCCAAUGGCACAAAGACAAAUGGUGCAGACCACAAAGUGGAAACCCCUGAGGAUGAGGAGGAUGAAGACGAGGAUGGAGAGGGAGAGGGAGAGGAAGGUGAGGGUGGAGAGGAAGAUGGAGCAGAGGAGGCAGAAGGGCAAUCUGUGAAACGUCCAGCUGAGGAUGAGGAAAAAGCCGAAACAAAAAAGCAGAAGACAGAGAACGGCGAUUCCACAGAAGCUGAAGUGAAAGCCUAGAACUUCAGCCCCAUCAUCUUUGUCUUCGCCUUAUCUGAUAAAGUAAAGGCUGUGCUUUCAUGUGUACAUUUUCAGAAGUUUCCGCCCCCUCCCCCCUCCUCAGAUAUCGUAUUUGCACUGGAGUUCUGUAACACCACGGCCCUUUUUUUGUAAAAUGUUAUUUAUUGGUCCUCUGCAUGACCAGUUCUUAUUACUGCUGCAAAUGGGGCCCACUCAAAAAAAAAAACACACCAUGCUUUUUCUUUAAAAAAAAUAUAAGUAACUGUUGUUGAGCACAUUUUAUACUUUACCUGACCUGCUGCCACCCUCUCUUAACAUCCGUAUCCUCCCUCUAAUGUUUAUACACUAUAACAGUGACCUCAAUUUCACUCAAGACCAAAAAAUAAGUUUUUAUUGUGGGGAUAAUUCCUCAGCCUUAUCUUUUUCUGUUAGUAGUUAAAUGAGCAAAUGGCAACAGUGUGCAUUAAUGGUCCUUUUUAUUGUUCAGGGAUGAUAAAAACCAUUGGCUUUCCUGAUGAUCGGACCUGCUAUGGUUAUUAUCCCCUUUUAAAUCUUAAGGUUUUUGGGUGUUCUUUUUGAACUUCAUAAAGAUUUACAUUGCAUAUUCUGUGUACAGAUUUGGUUUGGUUUUUGGUCAGGGUGACCAGCUUUAGGUUGUUAAAUGCCCCUCACAGCAGUACCCCACCGUCCAACACCCUGCCCUGCUGUCCUUCUUACAUUUCUGAGCAGUUAUUUUUUUACAGUUUAUUUUUGUUUUGUUUUGUUGUUGCUCUGACCACUGCUUUGUAUAUUCUGGUUCUGGAUUAUAAAUAAAUCAGUCUUUUUA